AUGCUGGUACAACUCUCUCUCUGCUUGCCCCCAGCCUGUCCGCCGGGAUUUUUCGGGAAGCGCUGCGAGGAGCGGUGUGACUGUGCCCACGGCUGGUCCUGCCACCCGCAGAGUGGAGCGUGUCACUGCCACCGGGGGUGGCGAGGGAAGCACUGCGACAAACCCUGCCUGCCGGGCCGCUACGGCGCGGGGUGCGGGCGGCGGUGCCGCUGUCCCGCGGGAAGGCCCUGCCACCACCUGACGGGGGCCUGCGGAUGUCCCCCGGGCUUCACCGGCCACGGCUGCGACAAGGCUUGUCCACCGGGCACGUACGGGCAGGACUGUCACGGAGUGUGCCAGUGCUCUGCAGAGAAUCAGGAAUGUCACCCUGUCACUGGCCACUGCUCCUGCAGCCCGGGCUACCAUGGGGCCCACUGCCACCUCCGGUGUCCAAAAGGUACUUAUGGUUCAAACUGCCAAAAUCCCUGUAAAUGCAUGAACGGAGGCCACUGUGACCCUGCGUCAGGGACGUGUGAUUGCGCUCCCGGUUUCAUCGGAGCCAACUGCAGCAAAACUUGCCCUGAGAGCCGGUAUGGGAAGGACUGUGCCCAGUUCUGUGCCUGUGGCAGAGGUCAGUGUGACCCACGGAGCGGCGAGUGCACCUGUGCCCCCGGCCACACGGGACCUGCCUGCCAGCAAGUGUGUCCCCAGGGACGAUAUGGCCCCAACUGCCACCAGACAUGUACCUGUCAGAACGGUGGCAUCUGUGACCACGUGGAUGGCAACUGCACCUGUGGGCUCGGCUGGACAGGAAGAUCCUGUGAGAAAGAGUGUCUCCCUGGGAAGUAUGGGGCUGGCUGCUCCUUGGACUGCCUGUGCCAGCACAAUGGCACCUGUGACAGGUUCACAGGGUGCUGCAGGUGCCCCGAGGGUUUCUACGGCCACUCCUGUGAGCACAGAUGCCCUCUUGGAUUUUAUGGGCUGGGCUGUCUUCAGGCCUGUGCCUGUAAAAAUGGAGCGAGCUGUGAUGCAGUGACAGGACAGUGCCUUUGUCCUUUGGGUUAUCACGGUGUCCACUGUGAAAACGGCUGUGACAGGGGCUGGUUUGGUGAGAGGUGCCAGCAUCAAUGUGACUGUGGAGAUGCUCCUUGUGAUCCAGAGACUGGGAAGUGCCUUUGCCCACCUGGGAAGACUGGAGACAAGUGUGACAUUGGGUGCAGGCCAGACCGGUACGGCCCCGGCUGCUCCCUGCGGUGCCAGUGUGCCGGCAGAUCCCGCUGCAAUCCCCACAACGGCAACUGCGCCUGCCCAAACUCCUGGAUGGGGCCAACCUGCAGAGAAGGUGGCCCUCCAAAGCUUCCUUUUUAUGAAGAACAAGCUCAAGAAAGAGGGAGUAUUUUUCCAAGAGCUCUACAACAGUAACAUUUGGACUAAUAAAUGAACUGUUUUAUAUGCACAGACGGUAUUUGAAUUUGGAUAUGAAAACAGUUAUUCAAUUCAGCUUGAAUUGUACUGAAGUAUUCACACUUCUUAUGGAAGACUACAGAGGCCAUUUAGUAGCUGGAUCCUUUUAAAAAGUUGAAUCUGUUUCAUGUGCUCAUUCCUAGCCUCUUGCCCCUCCAUUAAUCUACUCUGGACAUUCUUUCUGGUAUUAAUAUAAUUCAUUGCUUGAAAGCCUGGACAUGUUUUUAAUCAGACCAGCUCCAAAGAGUACGGGGAUAAGCGGCGUGUAACACCUCACCGUGGAAUGAGCCAGACUCCAUAUCAGGGACUUUCUAAACCCACUUGACAGCCAGCACCAAGUUUGAAGAGUGUUCCACAGAUUAUUUCUCUACAGAUUCACUGCAAAAUCACAUUGCACAGAAACUAGAGGGAUUCAUCAAGUUAAUUCCUCUUUGAAUAACACUGUGUGUUCUAGAGAAGUAUGCAGUCUAAUUUUGAACUUGCAGCUGAAGAAUCUGCCACAAUCCAACAAGAGUCCUCAAUACAUUGUUAAUUUAUUUAAGAGCAUCUUCUGCAUUUCUGGUGUGUUUGACUGAUUGGAAGAUCUCUGUCUGAAUCUGUCUUCCAAAGAGCGUGGUGUCAUCUGCCAGACUCUCCUGGCAUUCUGUGUUCUCACAUCUUACCAGAUUAAUUUCUCAGUGGUUUGUCAAGCCAAGCUGAGCAGCACUUCUCAUAAAACAGUAUUUGCUGAUGCAGAAAAGGUUUUAUCUUAAAUGGAGAAAGCAGAUAGAAGAGAAGAGGAGAGGUGCUUAAAGAUAAUAUUUUUGGGUUUGGGGCUUUUACUGAGCCUUUUUAUUGUUUUUUAAUCAUCUUACAACAGUUCUGAUCCCAUUCAAUAGCUGCUGGUGGCCACUUCAUAGAACAGAGAUGUUUUGGUGCUAUUUUGUCUGUUCAGACAGGUUUUCUUUUGAUAUUAAAAAUAUGUCAUUAUAAAGAAAUGUAUGUUCUGUAUUUUAAUAUUCUGAGUUAACCAAGCUAAAAGAUUUCAGUGUCUCUUUAUACCUCUCUUUAGGUUAGGAGUUACAAAAUCUGUGUAGUAACCACUUGAUUCUUACUGUAUCAAAACUGCACUUAAGAAGGGGCUUCAGGGCUGUGGUAGACACAGAGUAUGGGCAGUUCCAGCUCUUGUGCUGACAUUCCAUUCACCACCAGAACAAACUGCAGCUCUGCAAGAGCAGGUUUUUGUUUUGCAAGAGACAAAAUGACAAUAAUUGAUGGUAACUUGGGAUUUUUGGAGGAGUUUGUUGUUUUGGUUGGGUGAGUGAUGAGUUGGUGAAGCAGGAUCCAGGAGGUUGGAUGGGAAGGUGAGCUAACAAUUUUCCCCAUGGUUCACCCCAGGUCUUAAUCUGCAGUCAGUGACUGUCCAGGCCAAAGCACAUGGCACUCGUUCCUCUGGGAGUUUAUUUCAAACUGUGAUCUAUGGGAGGCAAGACAGUUUUAGGAGGUGUUUUCCAGGCUUCAUGGAAGUCUUAUUGUUGUUAUUCAUCACUUCGUAGGUAUUGAAAGUAAAGGUAUUUGUGAAUGUGUCAAAAUUAAUUAACUAACUGUGCUUUCAGCCAGAAAAUCACUGGGGCUGAUGUUGAUCCCUUUUAAUUUCUUCUGUAGAGCUCAAUGAAUGUCACUGGAAAGUUCAUUCAAUGUAAAUGUGGCAAAAUUAUAGUCCCAGAAGCGUGUGACUCUCAGCAAGGCAGUGACAUUUUAAAUGUUCUUUUGGAGGUGUGAUGGCUGGGGUCUGAUCCUACAAUUAUGUGAAUUUGGGGCAAUUUCACUGAACAGGAACUGAUAAAUCUCCUGUGAGACAAUGAGAUACAAUCUUAGCAACUGCUGGAGAGGAACAAUUCAAGUUGAGCAGUUGACAUAUUUUGAUCUUAGCUCUGUAUUUUCUGCAGAGCCAAACUACAGCAGUAGUGCAAGUGUCACACUGGACUCAAGAUUUUUUGUAGAAUCAUCAAGUGAGUAAAGCUGUAGAAAACCUCUGAAGGUCUGAGCUUCCCUUUAAAGCCUGGUCAGCUUCAGAGUCAGAUGGGUCAGAGAUUAAUAAUUCAAAUAAAAUUUCAGAGAUUCAUCCCAGCUAGUUUUGAAUAUCUCCAAGGAUGGAGAUCCCACCGCCUCUUUGAACCUGUCCUAGUGGAGAUUUCAUUUUCUUCCUUUUUUUUUUCCUGGUUUCUAAUCAGAAUUUCUUAAGUUUCAUCUUUGGUCCACUGCUUCUCAUCUUUCAGAGUGGAUCUCUGAGGAGCCUUUGGCUUCCUCUCCCCCACACCCCCAUGGGGUAGUUGGCUACAGCCUUGGUCCUCUCUUCUGAAGUCUCCCCAUUAUCUCAGUGACCCUCACUGGCCACAUUCCAGUACAUCAGAUGUUCCAGUUUGUUCCAGCUGCCCAGAGACUGGUGUGGUUACUCAGCAGCUCAUGCAUAAAACCCUUUACACUGCUGUCAGACAGCAGAAUGGAUCAAAUGUACUGUUUUUCCCUUAUUUUAGUAGACUGACGUGUCAUUUGAGCAGCUAAUCAAAGGGGAGACCUUUCUCAAGCCAUAUUAUUUACACCUGUGUAUACUUGUUUACAUUUUCCACAUUACCUUACUAAUAGAAUUGUAAAUAUGUAGUAUAAGGAAAUAAAACAUUUUUGUAUUAAGUGUUUUUAAAGGAUGUCAUGAUUUUAGGUACAUGAUGAAACAUAUUUUAAGUGACUGAUACUGAGCCUGUGCCAGUGAAAUAAGAGACCCAAGCAGAUCUGCUUUGGGAAAUAUUUCAGCAAACAUUUUUUUAAAUCAAAAAAUGCCAAUUCAUACAAACCACUCCAUAUGCAAUAGACUUUUUUAUUCAAAAUGCUUCUUGGCUUCUUUAUGUUAUUACCUUGGGAAAAGAAGUUCACUUCAGUGCCAUCCAACAGACCAUUCUGAUUUAUGGUUCUGCAUGACCUUUUGUUCCAAAACAAAGAACAGUCAUAUACAGGUAAAAAUCAGAAUUAAAGAUUACAAAAAUAUUAAAAGAGGAAUUUUGAUUGGAAUAGUUGGAAUGUCUUAUCUUGGUUCUUCUUUUUUCAUAAGGCAGAGAAAACAUUUACAGGAUUUUGUUUUCUAUAAGAGCCACACUUAUACAUUAUUAGCUACUAAUUAAGGAAUUUUAUUUGCUUCUGAUAUUAUUCUGAUUCUGCUCCUUACUACAGUUUAACACAUUAACGUAAUUCUUUGCCUACAAAGCAGUCUUUAUUUGACAAGGUUUUUUAAUGGAAAGCUGACUAAAUCAGCUUUUCCAGAGAUUAAUUUUGUGGCAAGCGAGUGUAGUUGCUACUAAAUUAAUACAACAUCGCUUAUUUGCUUCAUCAGAUUCCAGUGAAAGAGCGUCAGGCUGAAACAGUCCUGACCACAGCACUGGGGCUUGUUGAAAAUGAGAGUGAAAAACUCAGUGAAAAUGGGGUUUAUAGUUAAAUUGAUGCCCUUCUUCCUCUUGGUGAAGGCUUUGCUGGCUCUCCAUUUCCCAGGAGUUAAUUACCCUUCCUUGGAGAGAGCGCUCUGUGUAUUCCUCUGUAACGCACUUGCACGUGCAGAUAGCUCCUUUCAGAAAGGCACUGGAAUUAUUUCAGCCAUGCAGUUCCUGUGCCAGCUCCCCCUCUCUUACCUUGUGUGCUCCAGAUAACUUCAGUUGGAGUGGGAAGGAGCUGAGUGUAACUCAGUGGGCCCAGCAGAACCUCGCUCGCUGAGAAUUCAUGAAACCAGAACAACGUGUUUUAAGUUAGACUUCACUAACACUAUCCUCAUAGGAAAACAAUCAGAAUUUUUAAAAUUCCCCUCUUCCCCUGCCAAAAAUUAUUAUUCUACUUUUAUCCUUUUUAUGUUGAAGAACCAUAGCUAUUAAAGUUUGCCCAGAUUCCUUGCCAACCAUAUUAUUUUGAUUGGCUGCAGGUUUCUGUUUGUGUAAGUAAUAACCAGCAUAGUGUCAGGAGUUGCCAACGGGACAAACAUGGAAAUAAUACCUUCAUGUCCUUCCCAGAAGAGUCAAAGACACAUUUGGGAGCCAUCAUGGCUUCACUGUGCAGCUCAAACAGGGACUCUCAGAAUUUAGCUUCUUAUCAGAGCAAAAUAAAGCUUAGGAACAAUCUUUGAGAGUGCUGGUGGACCAAGAAACCUCCAUCCUCCCAUCCUUGUGUUAACAUUCUUAUAUUUAGGCUAGAAACCUUCUCAGUCUCCAGCUUUUGAAGGAUUUUUCCUUCAGAUUGACCUGACUGAGCAACUCUGUGCAUGGGCUGCAACUGUGCCCAGUAAUUCUUUUGCAAGGUCACAGCUUAAAUUCUGUCACUGUGUAAAGCAAUUUCCAGCAGUAAACACCAAAUCUCAGCCUUGUAGAGCAUAAAUUGUUCGCUCUGUUCUUUUCAUUGCUUUUAAUAAGAACUCACAUAGCAAUAUUAUGUCUCUGUGAAUUUGUAAUCCCUCUUCAAGGAAUGUGUGGGAUAUAUCUCAGAUUUGUACUGUACUUUCUGUUGUAGAUGUGUUGUAGUGAAAGGAUGCUGAUUUUUUUUUAA